AGUCCCAUCAGAACAAAGCAAGAUCAUUUGAUUCAUCAUAACGAAUAAAGAUGGAAACCGUCUGUUAACCGUCGGAGGGAGAUACUAGGGAAAUACGGUUACAAGGCGGCUAUGGGUUUCGCGUGACUGCGCUCAAAAGACGCCAAAGACGCAGGUAUCAUUGAUACUAAGGGACAUCCGUAGCCUGUGGUUGUGAUUCUUCUCCGUCUGACCGGAGUUAAGUGGAAAGGGAUGUCCUAUUGAUGAGCGAUGAGCGACGAAUACGGUGGUGGUGGAAAAAGGCAGCAGCACUCGUACGGCACAUCGUUCUUCCGCUUCCGGGGGACAGGACUGUGGAUCCUUAGCCAGCCUUCUUCCCAUGUUUUUGCCGUGGACGGCGGAACGCCCUUCGGCUCCUACGAAAUCAUGGUCACACUCUAUGUGGUUGAUACUUCAGUCAAGGCUUUGUCGAUUCAAGGCGAGUUCCAACGCCGGGAACAUAAGAGCCGAUGUCGAGAUACGGAUUUUUGCUCCCAAUAAGACCUCCGUCCUAAUAGAGCCAGUGCUAUUAUCCUCAUUUAUUGGAGUAUUGGAUGUACACGGUCCGUAAAGCAGCGCAACGGGGUGCUGUCAGUCGCUCAAUGUCUUACUGGCGGAUUCUUCCGCCUUUGACGUGUCCCGCUCCUCGCACGGAUGACAUGCCGCCGUGCUGCAUGCCUGGCGCUCAUCGCAAGCG